AAUUAGUUUGUACAAGAAAACAAACAUACCAAGGGGAAUAUAUUUUACUGCAGCCCUGGCAUUGGCAGCUGAUGGAAAAAAUGCACUAACGCCUUUUAAUCGCCGGUUUUGGAGGUUGAAUUUUUUUUUUUUUACAAAAAAAAAAAUACACUUAACCUUUUGCGGUUUGCACAGGAGGUUUUUUUUUUAUUGGUCUAAAGGACAAAUAGGAAGAGGACGAAGUUGUAGUCAUGCCUACAUCGCCAGUCAUACAAAUGCUGCGCAUGUGGAGGACUCCACGUGCCCGUAUUCCAGAUCUUACAACAUUGCGACGCACAUUGGGUAAUCACUAUGCAAGCCAGUGGCUAGGUAAUCCCGCGCAACCGCCCACAAAUGCCCAGUGUCAGGUGAGACGGUCCCUUUGCACGGCGCAUGUGAAACAUAACAAAGAGGCAAUAACAACGACGGCGACGACGACCUCGCCUGCCAAUACGACAGCGUCUCCCUUGCUAUCCAAGUUAUUCCCGCAAACAGCACCUGAAACAGACAGUGGAGCCGAAGAGGAACGGCAGAAGCGUGAUGAGGAGGAGGCCAAAGAAAAUGAAAGGGCCUGGAAACGGAUGAAACUGGGUUUUGCCAUAUUUGGUGGCGGCGGUAUUACCACCAUUUUAUGGGCCAUCUAUGAAUUUGGUAAACCCGAGUUGGAUCCCGAUGGUCAGACAAUUGAGGAUGAGUUCACAGGCAAACCGUUGGUGCAACAAUACGUCCAAAGGAUGUGGAAAUCGCUGCAUUAUUAUCAAAAGAUGAUUCAGGAACCAUCACGUUCACAACUCUUGCCCGAUCCGCUAAAGCAUCCAUAUGUUCAGCCCAAAUUCACUUUAGUAUUGGAAAUGAAGGAUGUUCUCGUACAUCCUGAUUGGACAUAUCAGACUGGAUGGCGUUUCAAAAAGCGUCCCAAUGUCGAUCUAUUUUUGGCCGAAUGCGCCAAAGAUUUUGAAAUAGUUGUCUUCACUGCCGAACAGGGUAUGACUGUGUUCCCCAUAUUGGAUGCCCUCGAUCCAAAUGGUUAUAUCAUGUAUCGUUUGGUCCGUGAUGCUACACAUUUUGUUGAUGGGCAUCAUGUUAAAAAUUUAGAUAAUUUAAAUCGCGACUUGAAGCGGGUUAUAGUCAUUGACUGGGAUAAUAAUGCAACCAAAAUGCAUCCCGAUAAUACAUUUGGUAUUGCACGCUGGCAUGGAAACGAUGAUGAUAUACAGCUUCUCGACUUGAUAGCCUUCUUAAAGACCAUUGCCCAAAACGAUGUGGAUGAUGUAAGAGAAGUUUUACAUUAUUAUCGUCAAUUUGAGGAUCCAAUUAGCCAGUUUAGAGAAAAUCAACGUAAAUUGGCCGAGCAAAUGCAAGAGGCGGAACGCGUUGAGCAGACCAAGGCAAAGCCUGUGGUUAAGCAAUGGUCACGCAGCAUAUUGGGUCGUUAAACCGGACAAUCAUUCGUCGUUACAGUCUCCUCGCAAUCCGGCAGCCAUAUAAAAAAGAUAAAAAAGGAAAAUAAAAGCAAGGAGAAAUAUGUUUUAGGCCAAACCCCAAAUGGCUCUGCAACCUCGACAAAUGUAAAUCCUUUCCCCCUCCCCCUAGUUGCCGCAGCAGUGAGGUGCAUAUAUACAAAUACAUAUAAUAAUACUGUCAACGCUUUUUGUGUCGCUCACAAGAAAAACAAAGAAAUCUUUAAAUUUUAAGAACUUGCUCUAGUUUUCGUUAUUUGGCAAAAACCUAAUCUGUCUUCAAGGUCUAAUUUGAUUUAAAUAUUUCAAUAAUUAAACUAUUAUAUACAAAAACAAAAAAUAAAUGAAAAAACCAAAUCUACAUUUAAUUUAUAUGCUAUAAAGUUCAGAUUGGAAAUAGCUAGUCAUACACGCUUUGAAAAAAAAUGAAAAAUAGGAGACCUUCAAUUAUAAUUAUUCAAUACACGUAAAAUAAAUCAUUCAAUUUUGUUUUUAAA